GACGUGAUGACACGGAGGAGUUGGGCUUAACACUUUAUAAAGCUUCUCUGUCCGCGGCGAGCCACUCUUUUAAAGACUACUGUUGCUGAAACUUCUCGUUCCGCAACUCGCGUACUGGAAGCAGCCGAGACACCUCUACAUCACCGUCCACCAUGAGCGAGAGACAAGGAUCUGGAGCAGCUGCUGGCAACAACAAGACAUCUGGAGGACAAGAUGCGUCCAAGACGGACGUCCCGGAGGACUUUGACAUCGACAUGGAAGACCCUGAGACCGAGAAGGCGGCCGUCGCCAUCCAGUCCCAGUUCAGGAAGUUCCAGAAGAAGAAGCGUGACGAGAAGUCCUAGUGAGCGCCACGCUGCCCUGCCGCUGUGGAGGCGACAGCACAGCGACGAUGGUGUGACAUUUGCAUGUAAACAGAUUCAUACCCGUUGGAACUCCAGGGGUUUUGAUGGGGUUGGGGGGAGAGAAUGCAAAAGCCUGUUAAUCAUAUGACAUGUCUGUGAAUUUUCAUUAUCCUAUUAUUAUAAUUACUAUUAUUUAUUAUUUGACUGCUGUAUCAAUGACUAAGUAACAGAAAGACAUAAAGAUCUGGUUUCUGUCCUCUUCCAUGUAUCAAGUCUAGCUGGUGUUUGUGUUAGAAUAUGUUUUUGUACUUAUCCUAGCCUCAUAGUUAUAUCUGCGCCAUCCCUCUCUGUACUGCUGAGGACCAUGUUUCCCAAAAAACACCCGCAUGUGUGUGAGUAGACGGGGCAAAAGCAGAUGUUACAGUGAAGGUUGUUUUUAGGAAACGUUAGCCUUAA